UUGGCUGCGGAGGACUUCCCACGAGGGGUUGCAUGUAAAAAGGAUUUUGCGAAAGGAGGUUUUAUUGUUUCUUUUGCUUUUUCGGGGGAAAGAGAGCCCGACAUUUGUUUGCUUAUCUUGCUCCACUUCAAUCAAAUAACGAGAAGGAAAAAAUGGCUGGUGGCAAGGCAGGAAAAGACAGUGGCAAAGCCAAGGCGAAAGCAGUGUCUCGCUCCCAGAGGGCUGGGCUGCAGUUCCCAGUGGGUCGUAUCCACAGGCACUUGAAGACUCGCACAACCAGCCACGGUCGUGUAGGAGCCACGGCAGCUGUGUACAGUGCAGCUAUCCUCGAGUACCUCACCGCUGAAGUACUAGAGUUGGCAGGCAAUGCCUCCAAAGACUUGAAGGUGAAGCGUAUCACUCCCCGUCACUUGCAGCUGGCCAUCCGUGGUGACGAAGAGUUGGACUCCCUUAUCAAGGCAACAAUUGCUGGAGGAGGUGUCAUUCCCCACAUCCACAAAUCCCUCAUUGGGAAGAAGGGCCAGCAGAAGACUGCAUAGAUGCCACGUUGACCAGAAAUUUCGGGGCUUGGGCUUUGAUAGGACCAGGAGUUCACAUUUGUUCUUUUUUAUUAAUAUUAUAGCAAACAAAGAGUGAUUGUUAGGAUUUGUGUUGUAAUAUUUUCCCAUAACUAGAAAAAAAAAAGUUCAGAAAACCCCUUAACGUCAAAAAAAUCCCCUUUGUAUGUUAUUGUAGAACGUUUGACUGGGGAGUUCAUUAUUCUUUCAAAUGACAGUGAAUUUGUUUGAUUGGCCUGGGACUCUGUAAUGUUUUAUACUGAAAAGAAAUUGUUAAAACCGUUUUUUAUAUAAAAAAAAAACUUGUUUUGUGGUUAUUUUCUUGAAGUUACAAUAUUUACUAUAAUACAAGUUUUUAAGGAGAUGUUUUUCUUUUGGACAGAAAAUUAGGUAACAACAACAAAUUGUGAGAUGGUGCUUUUUCCCCUUUUGACCUAAUGUAAUAUUUUGAACUGCACACAGUGAUGUAUUAAAAGUUGAAUAUUUUUUUUUUUUAUUAUUAUUUUACAUCAAAAUGAAAAAUCAUUGAAAAGAAGUUAUUGCAAACUUCUGCUACAGUGUUUUGUUUAUAGCACUUCAACAAAUGUGUUAACCUUAAAGCGAAGUGUGAUCAGGUGACACUGAUCCUGCAGUUCUGUGGAGCCAUAUGUCAAGUACAUAUCACUACUAUAUAGUUGGUCCCCUCAUAUUUGGAGAAGAUGGGUUGAACCAUAUCCGUGUUAUAAAAUGUAUUCACAGUACCUAAAUGUAUACACAAACUGAAAUGUCCAGACUUAAAGUUCCAUUCCAUUUUUCAAGUAAAGAAGUCAAAAAAAGCUACGUGUUCAGGGAAAUGACUUAUAUUAUCUUUGAAUAAAUACCCGUUGCAUGUUAUCCUUUGCUUGAAACAACUACUGGGAUUAUUUUUACAGUUUUGAAUAUGAUGAGUCUUAUAUGUAAGGUGCCAUGGCUGUCCAAUAAUACAUGAACGAAACUGCAA